CUUUCCAGCCGCGCGAGAAGAAGGCAAGGUAGUCAAAGAUAGGGUUGUUUGAGGUCAAUGUCCCGCGAAAAGAUUCCCGACAACGCGAUCUGAAGAUCUCCUACUUUUCUCUUUCUCUCAAUCUCAGACACGGACAGACGACAGCUGCAGCGCUUAGACGUCGAACGCCUUUCCCUUCCCUUUUCCAUUCUCUCCCUUUAAACAUCGAACAUUUCUCCUCUCUUUCUCUCUCUCUUUCUUCCUUCUGCUUUAAACAUCGAACAUUUCUCCUCUCUCUCUCUCUUUCUUCCUUCUUCUGCUGCUGCUGCUGCGUGUACUUAUUCAGGGCAGGGAUCGAGUUGAGUGAGGGAGAGAGGGCUCUUUGAAAUCUUGGCUGGCCGAUUUUCGUUAUCACGGGCAGGCGGACAAGCAUGGGAGAGGCUCCAUUGAUUCACGUACUGGCCGUUGAUGACUGCCCCAUUGAUCGAAAAAUCGUGGAGAAGUUGCUUAUUAAGGCUUCCUCCUUCAAAGUUACUGCUGUUGAUAGUGGAAAGAAAGCACUGGAGGUUCUUCUUGGUUUGAAUGAAGAGGACGUUGAAUGUCCAGGCGUUAACGACUGCAGAAUUGACGUAAUCCUUACUGACUAUUGUAUGCCAGAAAUGAGCGGCCAUGACCUUCUUAAGGUUGUGAAGGAGCACAACUGCCUGAAAUCUAUUCCUGUUGUGGUAAUGUCAUCAGAAAAAGAGCCACAAAGAAUCAGCGGGUGUAUUGCCAUGGGAGCUGAGGAUUUCAUCCUAAAGCCUCUUCAUCUAAGAGACAUACAGGGUUUGCGAAACCAUGUAAAACCCAUGGCACCAAUAUCCAAAACAGGCACGAAGAGAAAAAUGCCACACGAUGUAAUGCCGGAUACUAAUGAUUCAGAACGGCGGCCCUGCUUUACUGGAGUGGCUGUUGCAUGAUCAGAAAACUGCCAGUCCAGACAACACCACAACUUGCAUUUUUGUAAGGCUUCCUUUGGGUAAUGUGUGCCCAGCAGAUCUUGUUUCAUGCUCUCAUGAGUUGGGUGGGGUUUUGUUUUUUGGGAGAAAUGGGUAUUGUGGUUGUUACUCUCUAUGUGGGCUUUGUUGUUGAUGUUGUUUUCUGAGGUGGAGUUUAUGCGCUGAUGUUGUAUCAGUGUGAAGUUGAACUUGUGAAUGUGUUGUGAAUAAUAUUAGUCUUUUUGAAGGAUGAAAUUUUCUAUGCCAA